AUGGACACCAGGGUUUAUCCUUUUCCCUAUGGAGCUGAUCGUAAGGAACCCACGAUUCACUAUUGUUACUACAGAGGUAAGAAAUAAAUGAGGUUAUAAUAUCUUUGUAAUAGAACGCAGAAUUAGUGCCUCUAAACGCUAAUUCGCAACAAAAGAUGUUACGAGGAGCUGAUACGAUUUGAGCCGCCUUCCCAGUUUGGGGCGCGAAAGCACACGCUCCCAACGGGCACAACCUCACUGUCUGGGUGAAACGCGCUCAGGCAUUACAGUUUAAAGAUAUAUCUUGAAGUCUUAAUCUUAAAAGUAGGAGGAUACCUUGGUAUUAUCGUUUCCACGUCAUUAUUUAAGUAUCAUCAACUUGCCUUGUGUUUUUUCCUAGAGUUUUUGUUGAGGGAAAGCAGGGAUAGGUGGUAUUACAGCGACCUAUUCGAUGCUUCUGUUUUUUUAUUUUAUUAAACAGUAAAGGCAACUUCCUAACUAAACACCUGUACACAGAACGCAUAAAGAUGUAAGGGUUACUCAGGGUGCUGUUUAUUCGAUGCUUCUCUGUCUGAAAUCACUUAAAGAUAAAUGCAAUUUCUUACACUGACAACUCUGUAGAAUGCAAAUGGAACUUAAAUCAGGCAAGCGGAGAGUUUUCCUCACCAUAUUUCCCAAGCAAUUACCACAACUUUCAAGACUGUCAGUGGAAAAUUACUGCCCCCAGAGAUCACGUGAUAAGACUACAGUUUGGAGUCUUCGAACUCGAAUUCAAUCCUUCCUUGUGCGGAAACAACCGCUGCCGCUGCGAUUAUGUAGAUAUACAACAAGAGUCACUGAAAGGUGACUUGACAACGCUUGGAAGAUAUUGUGCAACGAUUUCAUCUCUGCCAAUCAUACAGUCAUCGACCAAUAAAAUGAUAGUUACGCUUCAUUCAGAUCACGUUAUAACAGCCAAAGGUUUCAACGCAUCCUAUAUGACAGUCCCGAAAUUAGCAGGUUGGAUACUUUUAGCUGAUUAGCUGUUGAUGUCAUUCUAUUUAGUUUAAAGUUUCCUCCGCUUUAGAAGGUUCUUUGUUACUAUGAAAGACAAUAAAAUGAGGUAAAUCAUACUUGACCUAGAGAUGAUCCUCACAGGUAAGCUUUACCCGAAGGAUAGAGAAAGAUGUUGAAGUAAAAUGUUUGCUGAGUGUUGCAAAUCAACAUAGAGCAGGCAAACAUGACUGCUUCUCCUACAUCAAUGCUGAUUACGGACUGUUUUGUAUUCAUUUUAAGGAAAUCUCGAAAAAGCCCUCUGUAUCUACAACCGCUGCUUAUUUUCCUUUGUAAGUAAAGAUGUUUCUCAAGAGAAGUGUGAAUCUGAAGCGACCCACAAAUUCAGAACUUUUCCCUCCUUUGCAUUUUCCUCAUCUUCCAUCGCUCGAGUCCCCGGCGUUGCUCUAAGUCCUGGUGGGUUCCUUACAUUUCAACCCCUAAUAUCAAUAAAAUAAUCGCAUGUAGCACUUUCAAUUUUUUCAUUCAAUCUAGAAAUGACAUCCACAGCUUUAACGGAAACGUCUUCACCAAUGUACAAUACUUCAGAACCAACUUCUCCGAGAGUGAAAACAACUCAACAGUCAACUUCAGCGGCUACAGAAAGCAAUAGUUUCUCAUCACACACUGCACCAUCAACAAUAGAAUCUACUGAAACAGCUCAUAGUACGACCACUGAAAAUACUCGAGCAACACUGAAAGAAAGGCGAAUGUCUACUUCACAAGUUCCAUCAAGCACUGGAGCUGAAUGGAAGUCAACUGGAAGUAUUCAUGAUGUUAAAUCGUACAGGAACGAAGAAAUGCUGUCUCGUAAAGUCAUGGGCGUAUCGCUGAAAUACGUAAUUAUCGCGAGCAGCUCUUUUGUUGUAGUGGUCUUUGUCAGUUUUGUUCUGGUCUGCCAGCUUUGCAAAAGAAGGUGCGUGAAUGAGUUAAUUUUCCGUCAUUUGAUUAGAUACCAAGGAGGGUACUUGGAGCUUCUUGUUAUGUGUGUCUGGCUCGGACUCUACUGAGUGAAGCCGAGAGGACGUGGUUCCCCAAAACGAUUUCUCUAUUUCAUUUCAUUUCUGAAGGGGAAGAAAGGAUGAGAGACAAUUGUGUCAAGAGUUUCGCUAAGAGCAGUAGGAGGGAGGGUGUUUUUAGGUACAAGUGACCCCUUUUUUGUCCAGAAAAAGUGAAGAAUGAUACAAAAAUCUGCAUGCACGCCCCUGACACCCUGGAGAAUUGUAUUUUUGUAAUCUACUCCUCUGCUUCUAUCCCUGAGUAAAGACAACUGAUAUGGAUAGCAUUAUUCCUGUUGCUGUUGAUGAGAUUGUCAUUGUAUGUUGAUCUUACUCCCACUGGAUCAAUGGCUUUAUUCAUUAACCCAUGUCAUUCCUCUUCUUUCACAGCCAUCGUUUUCGUAAGAGGCGCAACCAUUCCCAUGAAAUAGUAAGAUACAACAGUGUUAAAGAAUCAAGCAUAUCCAGCACUCCAUUGUCACCCAUCAAUAUGUACGGAGACAGGUAUGCGAUAGUGCCACGGCUGCAGUUGUCUCUUCCGCUGUCGAACUUAUACUGUCAAGGGUCAUGUUAAAAUCCAGGCUCAGUCACUUUGCGUGCGUAAAGGUUCAUCUGUACAAUGCGUAUUCCAUUUUCUAAAGCAUGAAGUGACGGAGAAAAUUGCCCUUUCCCCUUUGCGAGAUAACAGUCCAUCGGAGGGCCAUCACCUGUAUUUCACCAUGUUUCCCUCGCAAAUUCUUCGAAAAUUCCAGUUUUUGAAGCAUGAAGUGACUGUGAGUCUUGCUUGCCUCUUUUUCAAAAUACAAGACCAUCAGAGGGUUAUCCCCUGUAUUUUGUAAGGUUUCCUUAAAAGUUAUUUCGACAUUUCCGGUAUCUGAAGCGUUAAGUGUCGGUAUCGUUAUCCCCGUCUGCAAGCUACCGGUCCAUCGGCAGGUCUUUGUCAGUACUUCGUUAGAUUUCUUGAACGUUUUCUGGUACCCAUAAUACCCUUUGGUGGAACCCUAAGCGAUGACAGCUAAGGUUAAGUUUCGCCAAGGAGCACAAUACAUCAACUCCCUACUAGGGGUCGGCCCGGUACCUCUCGACCCACUUGCUACUAUACGUCUCUUUAACUGAUUAGGGGACUAACAUUUCUGAGCUUCUUAACUUGUUUUUUCCCUUCAGUGGUGAAAUGGAGGAACUGUUCUUCGAAGAUAAGCAAAACGAUGACAACCGGUAAUUUCCAUUAAUGUCAAAUUCUUGCUUUGCAAUAGAUUAUGUUUAAUGUCUUCUUUGUUACCAGGAGCAAAUUUUUUUUGCGUGUAUGCGAUUUCAGGCGUAGCUUGAGCAAUUUAAUGUCCUUUUCUUAUAGCCAAUUGGUACUGAAAGACAAUUUCUCUGCUCUUCAAAGUAAACGACACGUUGCUUCAAUUUAUAUAAGUUCAUUUGUUAGAUAAUGUAUGCUUAAAAUACAUUAAGGAAGUUGAGGACUAUGUGUGAGAUAAUGUAAACAUUAUCUGAACCUUAUUUUUUUUAGACUUAAUUCAGAAAAAGGCCACCUGACUGAGAACCCUUUAUAUGCAGGGUAAGUUGAUUUUUGGACUUAUGACAAUAAACUUAUGAUAAUAGGUCCAUGUCACACCGAUGAAAUUUCACUUCGUCUUAUUUCAGUAACCAAUAUUCAAGUCACAAGGAUCCAAGGACAGAAAAUCGGCGUUAUGAACAGUACGUUUACUUAGAGACCAUAUCCAAUUUAAUCUAACUUCCCAAGAACCGUGUGGGAGAGUGCAUGUGCCGCUACAUAUUUACACGUCUGCGAAGUUGUGCUAGAUGGUUAUGCGCGUAUCGUGCUAAACGUUCCUCCGUCGUUGGAGGCAAUUUUGGGAGACGCGUGGUCGUCUUAAGGUUUAUUCGCAGUCAAAAGAGCACUCUAAAGAAAUACUUUAGUACUCUUUUUUGCGCCUGUUUAUUAUCAUUAUGGAGUAUUAUCUCACGUAUUCGCUGCAUACAUUGUGCACAUUUGCAAAGCGAAAUAUUCGAAAAAUAUUCGCAAAAGUCAGUAUUUGUCUUUUUUUCUGGCAUUUCCCAUUCAAUCUGCUGGGUAGAUGUGGUAAACUCUAUCUGCAUUGAGGCAGAGCUUAAAUACUUUUUGGGGUUGCAAUUAACCUCUUCAUUAAACCAGUGAUAAAUUGUAGAUAAUUUACAAAAUAUCAAAGAAAAGAAGGUCAAAGGAAAAAAAAUUUACUGACACUUUUCUGUUUUUAAUGUUUAGGUUGUUAUAGAGACGGGCCUGAAGUGAACAACAAGACUUGGCUAAAGACAUAUGUGACAAUUUCUAAUUCACACAAGAAAGCUGGAUAACUGGAUAACCUUGUUAGAUAACAGGAAAGUUUACCUGUUUAGGCAGACAGAGUUAUGUCUUGCUAAUACUCCGCGCUGCCACAGGAUUUUAACAGUAAAUAAGAAAAUUUGAAUCUUUAAUUCUCUGACAACACCAACGUAUCUAUUCAUUUUCCAUGACGGUGCUUUUUUUCUUCAAGGUCAUCCUUUCAAUUAGCGCUGUCGUGGCAUGUUAAUCUAAACAAUUAUGGCACAAAACCUUCAUACCCGGAUUGUUGUUUUUUCUUUGGUCUUAAAAUGUAAGGAAUUGACAUCUACGUCAAGGGUUGUUUACUUUAGACUUAACUUGAAGGAGGCCUCAUUAUUUAUGUUCGUUGUAUUAAGAUGCAGUGUUAUACUGAGAGGAACAAUAAUGAUUUAUCCUUUCAAUACGGGUAUCUGAAAAGUAACUCUCGUCUUUGUCUGUUAGUCUUGAGAAUUUGGUGCUGCAUCAAGAGAAUGGAUCAUUUUUUUCAAUUCUCUUCGCAUGUUUGGUUGACAGAUGGUGAAAUUGUGAGGAGAUUUUACAUGUUGAGCAUUCCGUGGAGUGAAAGGGUUAACGAUUAUUGCGCAAGGAGACUGCGCGGAGUUCAGGGAAAAAAGAUUUAGUUUGAAUCUCUCAAGAGCUUUAUCUGCGAUGUCACACAUCUGUAAGAAUGCUCACUUCACUAUAUUCCAGAUCGUGGAAAGAUUUAGCGGAACAAAAUUUGAAAAAGAAAAAAACUUAUCGGUGUGAACAUAGUUAAGUUCUAUGUAUAUUCCAAGUUAUCGUUAAUUCUUUGGGAAAAAAGAAAUAAUGGUCUGCAUCUGGUGUUUCAUUUUAGCUUCUUUUUAUUUAUUAUUCCUUCUUCGGUGUUAAAAUGACCGAGGUUUUAUGUCAUGUGCAUGUGCUUAUUACAUAAAUAAACCAAAAAAAAAAACAUUUAAAUCUAUUUGCUUAAUUCUAAGCCAUGUCACCGUAAGUUCAUCAUCAUGCACAUAGAGUCACAAAAGUACGCGUAAUUUCAACGUAGCAGGCAGGCGAGCUACGGCCCUUUUUUUUUCAAUUUUCAAGAGUGUACUCUCAACCUCUUGUAAUCCGUGUUUAUCCAGGUUCGUUUUGUACAUUACGUCAUUUUUUUUGGCGUUUAUCAACCUAUUGUUAUCAAGUAAUUAUCGUGACACUCCUCAGUUGAAUGAAUUCAUCCAGACUGCCGACUAUCUACUUCCAACUCCUCCUUCACAUGGCGCACCAUGAAUAAGUGUGCAGUAUGAAUAUCUUCAAUAGAAGUUGAGAACUUGAAUCAAGAAUAAAAUAAAGCGUAAAAAUACGACACUAAUACUUCACUACCGCGGUGCCGAUCUCGUGUUACUAAGUAUUAAGUAAACAUUUUUCAGGUUUUGUUGCUUUUUUUACCGAGCAGAUUAAAGGACAAAAUCACCAACUGAUGAUAGACAUAUUCAUCAAAUGGUUAUUUGUAUUUGACCUGUAUACCUCCCGUGACGAGGUGCAUGGCUGGCCGAUAAAUUUUUCUAGCAGUGUUGAAUCACCUUCAUUAGCUUUUCUGUGCCCUAAGAGGUUAAAAGCUGAGGAUAAUGACUGACGGACGGAGAAGGUCUUGGAAUGUUGCUGUCUGGCGCAGAGUUCUGGGAAUUGUGCUCUUAAGUUUUACGUGGAUAGAAGGUACAAGUCUGAACUUGUGAAUUUUCAUUUUGAGUAGUUCGACGUUGUAUCAUCAGAAUAACGGGCGAUUGGAUUUACUGUGUUUAAAGGUUUGUUCGCCGGAAGGGACAAGAAUAUCUCAGCUUUGUCGAACAAAAUGUCUGAUAUUUUGCGCCCAUAGUCCACCAUUAACAUCUGUUCAUUUUAAAAAAUAUAAUUUUCAAAGGUUUCGUGGUGACGCUACAAGCAAGUAUCAAUUGCAAUAAUUUCAGCGCUCUAUAAGGCCACAAAUUUUUGUCCACUCGGACGGUGCAUACAUUUAUUCUUUUACCUUCUUUCUUUUUUUUUUUUUACAACGGCCAGCUGUCUCUUUCACUGAAAACCGCCUCUGGAAUGGGUCCUAACGUAGUUGCCAUUACAGACUAGCAAAUAUUGUAAAAAGAUUCUGAGGAUUCCUCGCCACCAGAAAACGCUUGACAGCCUUGUUUUACUGCAGACAUAAUACAGUGAAACCUGUGCCGUACGAACCCCAUGUUGUGACUCAAGUCCCAGAAUUUUCUUCCCAUAUUUAGUAUUCUGUUUCAACUACACCUGUGUUCAGAGGAAACCUCUGGAUGUAUCGCGCGGACAGAGGAGGGCAAUAAAACUGAGCGUUUUUCAUAAGAAAAAAACCUGUGUUGGCUGAGAAGCUUUAAGACAAUUCUACCUAUUUUUUGUAAUUAUUUACAGAGGUGGAUUACUUUCUCCAUUUUCGUAAAACGCCAAUUCGACUAUUUGUUUCCUAGCAAUUAGAGAUUAACCAUUGUUGCGCAAUGUGUGAAACCUGACAUGCUGUAUCAAGCGGACGCUAGCAAGCUUAAAAGUUCCGAAGGUGUCCAUUUAGUUCGUGUUUCACUGUGAAAUUUUCAAAAGCCACGAAACUCCAAGCGAGGGUUAAACAAAUUGAUCACUGUACUCAUUUUCUUUACUUUUUACUGAUUUUUGUGUUUUGAUUGAAGUAUGCAGAAUAAGAACCUUUUUACAUUGGAAAGCUGUGGCCGAGAUGAUACAAAAUGUUAAAAAAAAUUAAGAACAUAUUUCGGGCCAAGAGUCAGCAUCGAACGUAUUCAAUUUGCUCAUUUUUUUUUUUUUAAUGUUUAUUGUUUUUUCUGUGAUUGUUUUUUCUGUAAUUUAAGUUAAGAAUUAAGAUUUUCUGUAAGGGCCUAAUUCUAGAAGAUCUUUGAUCAGCUUGUUUUAGCACUGCAUGCUUCAUGCUUUGUUGCAAGGUUGUCAGGAUAACAACAAGCUUUGUUCGUAUUGGGCAUCAAUCGGUGAAUGUAAAAGGAACCCAAACUACAUGUUAUACAGUUGCCGCAAGAGUUGUAACGCUUGCAAAGGUAGGCAUAGUUAGUUACGACACAUUGUGGUAAAUACGUACUCUUAGAUCUAACCUACAACCUUGAAAGGUAUGAUCAAAUUUUAAUGAAGAGGCACAGAAAUAGAUUUUAUGCAUGUUUAGGCGUCGGAACCCAGUUUCUGACGAAUGUACCACCAAGACACUGACAAGAAUAGAAUGCUCACACAAAAGCAACUAAAAAGUGCGGCAAAGAUAAAUGAAACGCGUGUUAACCGUCGUGUUUCCGCAACGGUUUCACAUAUUUCAUCCAAGUUUCCGUUUAAGAAUUCGUGAUAUUUCGUCCUGUGGUUUCCAUCGCACACUUAAGUACUAUAAUUUCUAUACUCACAAUGGUUCUACUUUCUACCUUUUUUUAACACCUCAGUUUACUGAUAGCAACUUUUUAUAUAUCUCAUAAAUACUUUAUCCACGAGUUGGCCAAAGGCGCCCUUUGAUUUUUAUCUUCAUAUGCUUACAGAGUUCCUUUAUAUACUAGAUCUGUUCUUUUGAUUUUGGUCCUAUUGCUUUUAACAUAAUAGCUCCCCACCCCCUUAAUUCAGCGCCCUCCUUGAAGCGCCCCUCCUCUACGCCGAAAUUUCAAACUCGCGACCAGGCGCUUAUUCAGAAAUACGGUGUACGGAUAACUGAUGAUAUUUUCUCAUUUCAGCUUUUGGCAAUUCCGUCAAAUGGCCGUCGGGAAAAUACGGUCUACCUAUGACUAAAUCUGGUUGUCCUGGGGCUGACGGUUUCUCUUGGGAGACCGGAUAUAUCUAUCAAGAUUUGGAGGAUGACAAAAGCCUUACGGCGAAAUCUCCAAACUUUCACCUUAAUGCUUCAGUACUGAGUUCGGGAGAUGUUACUCAAAGCUUCUGCUUCAAGACAAUUACGACCGGUGCUGUUGAUAACGGUCGAUUUGGUUGGCCUUACGGUCAAUACUGCAUUUAUAAAAAAGGCUCUUCAUGUCCAGGCUAUCUACGAGAAGGAAGCGUCUUGUGGGAUGAUGAAAACGGGAAACAUGGAAUAAAUUUGAAUUUCAAAUCUGGUACUGUCCCUGCUGGAACGUACAAAUCAGAUACUGAGAUAAGGUUUUGUUGUCAAGAUGUUGGAUCGUACAGCGAACCUAUCGAGCUGCCAAUAGACAAGCCUUUCUAUCUGAUAGCUUUUAACAGUAAGAACUGCCAAGAAGUUUUGAAAACAACACAUACGUUGGAGUAUAUACUGUAUGACACAGAGAAUGAUCACAAUCAUAACCGCGCGGUCUAUUCUUAUCCUUUUGGUGCGGAUCUUCAAAAUCCCUACAUUUAUUAUUGCUAUUACCAAGGUAAGCGAUGGUUUUCUGGGUUAUUUUUGCUUAAGGAAAUCUAGACAGACUGUAUGUAAAAUUACAAAACUUGUAGACUACUUGGGACUGAGACAUUGAAUCCCUUUCUAAUGGCCAGUUCCAUGACCUAAUGAUGAUUUGUGCCCAACUAACUUAUGAGGCCAAGGAAGUGAGUUUAAGGAGGUCGGGUUCGCAUCUAGUUCUACUGGGUUAUGAUAAGCUUGCUGCGUGGUGCUUAACCAUAGAACUGUGAAUAGUGGAAAAUUCGAAUACAAAAAAAAUUAAAUGGAAUAUUUAACAAUCAUCAUUCCCAACCUUCUUAGCAAGCCACCAAAGUUAGAAGAAGAGAAAAAAAAAACCUGAAAGCUUUGAUCAGAUUAAACUUUUAGUGCUGUUUCCCCAAUCACGGGAGAAUUUUUUGUGGGGUUCAAUAACGAUUAUUUUAUGGGCGAUGUGCAUAGUAUCUAUACUACCGUGACUCUGAAGAAAAAGAACCUCGCAUGGUGGCAUCAAAGUUCCUCUGCCCAUUCAUGGGUACAUAACUGUGCCGUGAAACUUCCACGAAAAAUUGGCAAAUUGUUAGAAGUAGCCUGUUAUGUCCUACAUUUCGUACGGGGGAGAAGCUUUAAUAAUCCUUGAUGUUUUAUGUUAUGAAAAGCGGGAAAACUUCUGGUAGUGUUACAGUUAUGUGACUUGUGGAAAUGGUUGUCGGUCAAAGAACGUCUCACAAGCUGGUUCGAUUCAUUUCCACGUAUUUUCUUUGCAGCGUGUAGAUGGACCUUAACAGCAUUGAAUGGUUCCUUCUCAAGUCCAAACUAUCCAUCUCCAUAUAAGGAAAAGGCCUGGUGUGAGUGGCAUAUCAAUGUCCCCUGGAACUACAUAAUUUCAUUGACAUUUGUUGACUUCCGUUUGGAAACGAGUGAUAUGUGUCUCUUUCAAAGCUGUGAUUGCGACUAUGUAGAGAUACACGACAACUUUCCAAAUGGAACGUCUGAACUAACAGGGAAAUACUGUAUGGGUGUGGCGUAUCCGCCUGGGGAUAUCCGGUCAAAAACCAAUAACGUUACAGUUACAUUUACCUCAGAUGGUACUGUCCAAGACGUGGGUUUUAAGGCUGAAUAUCAUGCUCUCCAGCUUACAAGUAAGAAUAGUAGCUUGCUCUUUAUUAUAAAGGCUGUCAGCAAAUGGUCGAUGUUACGAUAGUGAUCUGGGCAUUUGAAUUAGUUUGCUUGUUACAGAAUUAAGAUUUGAUCUUGUAUUAGUGAGCGUCUUGUGUCUGUAAUGUUUUAGAUUCGCCUAUUUAAGAAUAUAGCAAUUGACAAAGGCCAUCAAUCACACACACGCAAACUUACGUUAAUUCUGUAUUUCGUUUUUCCUCAACAAAGUACCAACAAGUACGGGGAGAACAACGGAUACCACGCAGAAAGCGACAUCAACCGACAUCACUUCUGUCAGUCCUACCACAGUUCCGAUUACUGGAGCAAAUUCCAGAGGCACAACAAGUGGAAAUGAUAAGUUUCCUACUGCCGGAAAUACAGCAACACUUACUUCUUUAAGCAACAACGGCAAAAUUACAACUGGUACAACAAUUACACCAGCUAAAGAAUCCUCUACAGAACAAUCAACCCUAACAACACGCUCAAGUGGGCAUUCAACAUCGCAAAAAGCAUCCUCAGUUCAUACCAAUCCAAACGGAUCGUUUACCUCCCCAUUUACGAACAUACCUGUGACAACACUACCAAUCACAACUGAGGUGCCUCCAAAACCAAGGCCGCGUGAAACCACCCAGAGAACUUCAACCUCAAGGGUAACGAGUGGAGAACUCUUUCCACUAACCCAAUCAAGAAGUAAGGGGGAACCGAGCAACUCGAAUGGAGAAACCGAACAGAAGGCUGAAUACAAAAAUUCAAGAGCAUCGGGGAAAGUCCCCAUCAUUGUUGCUUUGAUAGCUUCGUUGGCUGCUUUAGCUGUGGUGGUAACAGUAGCACUUGUUUGUCUCCGUAGAAACUGGUAUGGAUAAUCGAUGACCUAUUGCAAAUUAGUCGAUAACUGAUCGCACAGUGACCAUGACUUUCCAUUACAAUGAAAGAAGUUAAGCGUAACGAUCAGAAUUCAAGGCAUAAUCAUUUGGGGUCAGUUCUAACACUAAUGUUUCAACGGCAGUUUUGAGACAUACCACGAUGUAAUGCCUUCACAGAUUUCCUAUCUUUAUUAAAAGAAAAAUAUGUGUGGACUUCCAUGAAAUAUCUUAGGCCUUUGAGGGACAUCAAAGACCAGAUUUUACAGCUUAUCAGUUCGAAAACAAACAACGCAGGCAAAAAUUCAUUAAAAAUGUAUAAUAGCGGUUGUAUAAAAUUCUUGAUACUAAUUAUUUACCCUUUUAAUUGAAUUCUAGGCGGUUCAAAAGGACAGACAAAGGUCAUAACAAAUUUACUGUCAGCUACACAGCUAGUGAGAAGAUAGCUGAAGACGAUAACAACCCUCCAAACAUGUACAACGAAAGGUGUGCACAGAAUUCGACGUUUAUAGUUUGUGUUCCUUUCAGUUGCCGUCUCUCAUUGUAUUACAGCUGUUGAUAUCAACUAGUGUAGAAGAUACCGACAACGUAAUGAAUUCGCAGUAGUUAAAGAGACGGAAUUUUUCGUUAGUUGAGAAUCUUAAUAAAUGAAAGAUCCCUUGACGAUGCAAUGUUUGACACUGCUUUUGGGUGCGACAAAAUUUAAGGGAAAUCGGAAAUUCACAGCCGACACACCUGUAAGUCACUCUGAGGCGACGAGGCCUCCUUGUAGAGCACUAAACCUCGCCGAGAUUGAUUGUAAUUGACUAUGAAUCGCAGUCAAUACAAUUCGCUGCCUUACAAAUCGGGCGAUGUCCUACGAAGAAGGUGGGCACUUGAGAUGCCCUGUAGUAUGGGCGAGCCCUAACACAGCUGAAGUCAGCGUUUAAGCGAGUCGAUUCUCUUGUUUGCUUCCUAAUUCUCCUAACACUGAUGUGACAUUACGGUGUAAAUUUUCGUCAAAAAAUCGGCAGCAAGCACAGCUACUAAAAACCAGCCAAUCACUGCGGAGCAAAGUUAUUCUUAAGUGGACAGGUAACCAGUCGAUCUAAUUCUCUGCAGAAAACUGGCGGUGUACAGUCGUAACGUCGAGGAAGUAUGUACAAAAGAAAAUAAAAUCCUUGUAGAUCUGUAGGUAAUGUUUUCUGUUACCAGUUUCAGCAGAGAAAAUGAGAGAGGAGAACGCUUCACCAAGGAAACGUUGACAAAGAAGGAACAAUUUAAUAUUUUAUACGAUAACAGGUACGACUAUUUUUCUAAUAUUAAAAGUGUUUAAGAUACCUAAAGCAUACCCGAGAAUAGCGAUUCCUUGAGGUGAUGAGAAUUUUUUGUUUUGUCUUUUUCAAAACAGGGAUUUUAUGGAUUCCUAUGACCAGUUUGCGGAUGAUGACGAGAUCAAAGAGAGUGACAAUCCGCUCUAUUGCAGCAGGUCAGAAAUGCAGUAGUACUGUCCCUAACCAUAAAAGAUCUUUAAUUUGGUAACAUCAUAGAUAGUUUUAAUGGACCAAAUAGCUUAAUUUUUGCCACGUAUUAGUCCAGCUUCAUGUGUUUGUCAACGAUGACGUCCCAGUGUGCCUCAUCAUAGAUAGUUUUGAUGGAGCAAACAGUUAAUUUUUGCCAUGUGUUAGUCCAGCUUUAUGUAUUUGUCAAAGAUGAUGUUUCUGUAUAGUAUGAACAAAAAGAGGCUAUUAUGAAAAAAAUAGGCUCGAGGUGAAUCGUAAAUGUGACAGAACCCCAAAGCAAUCCUCCAAAGAAAUCUUGAAGGAUGAAGUACACAUCAACCAUACUUAUAAAAAUUAUGAAAUCAGUGAGAAUCACCGGAAACGCUUUUUUGCGGUGCGUUGUUCACUAUUAAACGACACAUGAAGCCAAAACGGAAAAACAGGUAUUUAAUGUGAACACUUGCCUAUCAAUACCGUGGCACGGGCUCGAUUCUUAUACUUAGCAUUACUAGUGGGUUACGUUGCCUUUGGUUCUCGCCCUUAAAUCCACGGUGUUUCUGUAGGCUUACUGCUUUCCUGCCUUCCACAAAAGUCAACUAUCCUAAUUCUAAAGAAACGGUGACAAAGAAGAGCUAUUUUGUAAAUGCGCGCGGCUUAAUUUGAUUUAUUUUAAUGCUUUAUCAAAAGUGUAGUAUAUAUAAGAGUCGAGCUAGUGUGCCGCUGACCAAAUACUCUGUGAUCUGCAAAUAGUAAAAUAGAGCCAUACUCACGUUUCCAAUUCUCUUAUCACCUUCAGCAUCGAAACUGGACAAGACGAAAAAGAGAACAUUUUGUACGAAAGGUAAAAUACCUUAAACAAUUAUCACAGCUGUUCUGUUCUUCUAGUUAGUUUUUUUGCGUGGCAUGACUUGAGUGAUUAUCUCGUUCCAGCAUGGAUGAUGUUUUACAAAGUGUAGAAGAGGCUGAAUGCAUCAAUCCGGUGUAUGAAGGGUCAGUGUUACAUUAUCAGUUCUAA